AUGUCGGCCACAAAGCUGAUUGACCGCACGGAGCCGGUUGUUGUUCCGCGCGCGCACACGACCGUGACUACCAAGUCGCGCCUGCCAUGGUUUCUACGCGUCCCGAUUCUCGUGGUCCUGAACAGCGGCAUCCGAUCUGUGCUCUGGACCGCUGCGAUGAGCUUCUUGGUUCCCGAGCUCGGGAGGAUCAGCAGGGUGCCGAGCGAUGAGGACUUCUGGUCGCUGUACUCACCAGCGGCGCGUCUUGCCAUGAACACCGCGACAAUUGGCAUGGACUGGUACUUUGACUAUGACUUCUAUGACGUUGCGGCGCUCACGACCCUCACCAACGCGCCCUACGCGUACCUCCUCGCGACGUACUUUGGCAUCUCGUACCUGACUGUCCUCGCGCACGUCGUCAUUGAGGUCUUCGCCAUCUCAGUCCCAACAUACCUCUUGCGCUCGCGCUCCGCCGCUCACCGGGCCAACGUCCCGCUGCGCAACCGCUUUCUGCUCAAUAGCAUGCAAGUACAGUUCUCCAACGCACUUCUCGCCGUCGGCGUGUACAUAGUCAUUCUCUGGGCCGGCCUGAAGACAAACUAUCUCAACCUCUUCCUCAUCAACUACUUCGUCAUUCCCACGCUGGAAUCCGCGCAUCUCGAGACGCCCGUCAGCCUGCUCUGGAAGAUCCUUCCCGUGGGUGUCGCGGCGAAGGAGUUCUUGCUUAACCCGUCCAUCGCUGCGCAGCCUCUAUCGGGUACUGCAACGCCUACAGAAGUGGUGUUUGACCCUGCGACUGCGACGCUCGACGAGACUAUCAAGGCAAACAUCCUGCCCGCUGACAAGAGGAAGAAGACGCUCUUCCAACAGACUGUCAUCCUCAAUGCCUUCCUGUUCGCGAGCACUGUCCAACGAUGCAUGACCAUUGACGGCACGGAAAUCAAGGGCGCCGCGGGAUACAGCGCGCUUUGGGUUGUCGCGAAUACCGUUCUUUCGAUCUGGUACUCGUGGGUCGGUGAUACCAGCGCAGACUACGAGCCUUUGUAG